AUGUCGACGGGAAAAGUCAGGGCUUCCCAGCUUUGGGGCAAGAACAAGGAGGAGUUGGCCAAGCAGCUCGGUGAGCUCAAGGCUGAACUCGGCCAGCUCCGCAUCCAGAAGGUUGCCUCUUCCGGCUCCAAGCUGAACAAGAUCCACGACCUGCGCAAGUCUAUCGCUCGUGUCUUGACCGUCACCAACGCCACCCAGCGCAACCAGCUCCGUCUUUUCUACAAGAAGAGCAAGUACCUGCCUCUCGACCUCCGCCCCAAGCAGACCCGUGCCAUCCGCCGCCGGUUAUCACCUGAGGACAAGGCCCGUGUUCUGGAGAAGACCAAGAAGCGCAACACUCACUUCCCCCAGCGCAAGUUCGCCAUCAAGGCUUAA